GGUGGUUCUAAGAAAGAGAAAGGAAAGUAGAAGGUUUGAGGAGUUUCAGUUCUCUGUUUCCUUUUUGUCCUCUCUCUUUCUUCUAUUUCCAUACGCGUGGAUGUAGGGAUUGGACUCGUGUAAUGCUGGAGUCAAAGGUUUCUAAAACAGUUUCUAACAGCCUUUGUCUGAAAUGGGUCUUCGUGAUUUCUGAUACAGAUCGCCAAGAAAUAAUCUUUCUAGAGAUCUGAAGUUUCCCUGUUUCAAAAAUAUCCUCUGUUUUCGUUAAAAAAAAAAAAAAAGAUGAUGAGAAUGAAGACUGGGUUGUCACCUAUUACUCAUAAUGGCUCAGCUUUUGUCGGUGGCGGUGGCGGUGGUGGUGGUGGAGCCCCUGCUGCCGAAGGAGGAGCCCACGAGUGGGAGUUGAGACCUGGGGGAAUGUUGGUUCAGAAGCGGAACCCGGACUCCGAUCGGACCUCUGCCCCACCGCCGACAGUUAGAGUUAGGGUCAAAUAUGGGUCAAUCUACCAUGAAAUCAGUAUCAGUUCUCAAGCUACAUUUGGGGAAUUGAAGAAGAUGUUAACAGGGCCAACAGGAUUACACCAUCAAGAUCAGAAACUGAUUUACAAAGACAAGGAGAGGGAUUCAAAUGCUUUUCUAGACAUGACAGGGGUGAAGGACAAGUCGAAAAUCGUUCUGGUUGAAGAUCCAAUUAGUCAAGAAAAGAGGUUACUGGAGAUGCGAAAGAAUGCCAAGGUAGAAAAAGCUUCAAAAUCUAUCUCUGAAAUCAGCUUGGAAGUUGACAGGCUUGGCGGCCAGGUGUCGGCUCUUGAAUCCAUAAUUAACAAAGGUGGGAAAGUUGUGGAAAAAGAUAUGCUGAAUUUGAUUGAGCUGUUGAUGAAUCAGUUGCUUAAAUUAGAUGGGAUUGUGGCUGAUGGAGAUGUCAAAUUGCAAAGGAAAAUGCAGGUGAGAAGAGUUCAAAAGUAUGUCGAAAUUCUUGAUGUGCUAAAGGUGAAAAACUCCACGCCUGGCAACAAUGUAGGGCAGAUGCCAAUGCAGGUUCAGCAGAGGCAUACAAAUGGUCAGAAACUAUCCACAAUUCAAGAGCAGCAACCUGGGUAUUUCAAUGGCCAAAAAAUAACUCCAAAUCAGGAGCAGCAACCGAGCAACUCGUUUGCCCAUUUGCCUAUACAUCAACAAUACCAACAGAAACAUCAGCAGCCGCAGCAGCAACAGCAACAGCAAUCAAGGCAUUCAACAUCUGGCCCCGUGGUUGUGACCACGAAAUGGGAGACAUUUGAUAAUUUGCCCCCAUUGGUGCCGGUCCCCUCCACAUCCACAUCAACCACCAAUAAUUCAGUCCAGCCAAAGUUUAACUGGGAAUUCUUCGACUAAGCAGAAUGCCCACGUAUCCGGGUUUUUGUGUGUGUGGAUGUGCUCUGGGGUCUGUAUUCAGUUGGUUUGCUAUCCCUUCUUCCAUUCUUUUGUACUUAGAUAUUGUUGGCAUGAACCCUCAUCAAUCUGUCAUUCUCCUUAACCUGAAAAAUAAAUGUUGCCUCCACCAUAGUGGUUAUUACUACUGUCAUCAUCAUCACAGUCAUGAUGUUUCCAUUGUCCUGGAAUUCAUUUACCAUUUGUAAUUUUCUUUGUUUUUAUGGUGAUAUCAAGACUUCUACUAUUUGUGUAGAUUUGUUAAAUUGAAACACGGAGUUCUUAAAACUUCCAGAUGAAAGGAGGCUUUUUCUGGCAUUCAUUUAUCUAUAAUCUCUGUUGAACCUUAUUGCAUGGCUUGCUUUGUCUCUCUCACCCUUCCGGGAAAUGGUGAAUGGUAGUUUUUUUUUUUUUUUUUGUUGAGGAAAUGGUGAAUGGUAGUUUAUAAUACAAGUUGAUCACUGAA